UACUGACUGUGUGAAAGAGAAGAAAGCCGUAAGUGGUGGUGUUUUGGGAAGGGGGAGGUCAUUGGAAAGUGAGCUGUCAGUAAGGACCGGUUAUUUGGGGCACAGAAGCUAAAGAUUGUUUUUUUUUUAUUCGAUGUCGGUGUAGAUCUUUUGCAGGCACCUACGCGUAGUUUUUAAACAGCUUUGAAAAUGCUUCGUUUCGUUCUGCGGCUGAGGCCGUCCGCCAGGCUGUCAUGCCCCCGUGUCCUACCCGGGCCCUCUGGUGCUUUGGGCUCUCGUCCUAUGCCCCGAACCAGCUGCUUAAGGCGGCUUCAUGGCGGAGCAACGGCCCGGGCUGUGAGCUGGGGCCACAGUCUCAGUCACAGAGGGGUCCUGCGGAGCAUAGGUGCACCGGGCCGCGGGCAGAGCCGCACUUAUAGUUUGCCGCCUCACCAGAAGGUAGAGCUCCCUGCACUGUCCCCCACCAUGCAGACAGGAACCAUUGCCCGUUGGGAGAAAAAGGAAGGAGAUAAGAUAAGUGAAGGUGACCUCAUAGCUGAGGUGGAGACUGAUAAAGCUACAGUUGGUUUUGAAAUGCUUGAAGAGUGUUACUUGGCCAAAAUUCUUGUACCUGAAGGAACAAGAGAUGUCACUGUUGGAGCUGUCAUUUGUAUCACAGUUGAUAAACCUGAGCUUGUGGAAGCCUUUAAAGAUGUAUCAUUGGAGUCCAUCACUGCAGCUGGUGCAGCUCCUUCCCCUGCGGCAUCUGCUGCUCCUCCUCCACCACCUGCUGCAGCUCCACCCUCAGCUCCAGGCAGCUCCUACCCCACUCACAUGAAGAUCACACUUCCAGCUUUGUCUCCUACAAUGACAAUGGGAACUGUGCAGCGGUGGGAGAAAAAGGUUGGAGAGAAGUUGAGUGAGGGAGAUCUGCUUGCUGAGAUUGAGACAGACAAAGCAACCAUUGGUUUUGAGGUUCAGGAGGAAGGAUAUUUGGCAAAAAUCAUGGUUCAAGAAGGAACUAGGGAUGUCCCACUGGGAACACCUCUCUGCAUUAUUGUCGAGAAAGAGAGUGACAUUGCUGCCUUCAAAGACUAUGUUGAGACUGGAGUAGCAGAGGUUUCCACCCCUCCUCCCGCCCCAGCACCUGUCCCUGCUGCAGCUCCGGUGGCCCCCACUCCAGCGCCCACACCGGGCCCUGCAGCAGUGGCCCCUGCUGUUCCCAGAAAGGGCCGCGUAUUUGUAAGCCCACUCGCCAAAAAAAUGGCGGCAGAGAAAGGAAUUGACCUGGCACAGGUUUCAGGAUCUGGACCAGAUGGACGCAUUACCCGGAAAGACAUUGAGAGCUUUGUUCCUCCAAAAGUUGCACCUGCUGUAGCUGCUGCUCCUGCCCUAGCAGCCACCCCGGCCCCUGCUGCUCCCCCUCCUGCUGCUGUACCUCAGACUGGAACUUUCACUGAUAUUCCCAUCAGCAACAUUCGCAAAGUCAUUGCUCAGAGGUUGAUGCAGUCCAAGCAGACCAUCCCUCACUAUUAUCUGUCAGUCGACGUCAACAUGGACCAAGUACUGGAGCUUCGCAAAGAGCUCAAUGCUGAGGUGAAAGCACAGAAUAUCAAGCUAAGUGUGAAUGACUUCAUCAUCAAAGCCAGCGCUCUGGCCUGCCUCAAAGUCCCUGAGUGCAACUCCUCCUGGAUGGAAACUGUAAUUCGCCAAAAUCAUGUGGUAGACGUCAGUGUAGCUGUAAGCACACCCAAUGGUCUCAUCACUCCCAUAGUGUUUAAUUCCCAUAUCAAAGGACUGGCUGCUAUUAGCUCUGAUGUAGCUGCUUUAGCCACUAAAGCCAGAGAAGGCAAACUGCAGCCUCAUGAGUUCCAGGGGGGUACCUUUACCAUUUCUAAUUUGGGAAUGUUUGGCAUCAAGAAUUUCUCUGCAAUAAUCAACCCUCCUCAGGCCUGUAUCCUCGCUGUUGGAGGCUCCGAAAAGAGACUCCUUCCAGCAGAUAAUGAAAAAGGAUUUGAAGUUGCCAGUAUGAUGUCGGUGACGCUGAGCUGUGACCAUCGCGUGGUGGAUGGAGCGGUUGGCGCUCAGUGGCUUGCAGAGUUUAGAAAGUUCCUAGAGAAGCCUGUCACCAUGUUGUUGUGAUUGGACUGAAACUGCUCUCCAAACUGCAGCAAAGGGCCAUGCCUUUCACUGAAGUGAUCUGACUGACUAGACCAGUCUGGACUCUCCUAUGAUUGGUCGCUCUGUAACAGGUCACUCCCACUUACCCUGAAGGAGGAGAGGCAGACACUCUAAAAUCUGUCCAUCUCUUUGUAUAUCUGUCCUUUUCUCGAAUUCGCACAUAUUUAUUAAGGGCCCAACUCAAAUCAGAACAGAAGUUAGUCAUUUAAGGAUUAUACGAACAUGAAAUAAAGGGAUAGGUUACACUUUGAGGCAAUGAUCAUAUUUAUUUCAAAUUAGAAAGGAUUUUUGUAAAGUUUUUAUCUUUGUGUGGGAAUGUUCAAGGCUAAUGUUGCAGCUACCUGUGGAGACUGAUGUAAUAUAAGAUGGAGCACUAACAAAAAUACAAGCUCUUAUAAGUUAUAUUUAUACAUUUUGAACUGUUAGUUCUGAGCAACACCUCAAUGAAAUACAUACCCAGUACGUCACCAAACUAUUUAAAAUUAUUGCCCCUUUACACACAUUAUACUGUAUUUUCAGCUGCAACGCACAAAACUGGUUCUGGAUGUUGUGUCUAUUAAAUAAAAUGGGAGAAGUCAAGUUGGUGCCAAUUUUAUCCUUUGGGAGAAUUUAAAUAAAAAGACAGAAUAGCAGUUGGAUGUGUAAAAGUAUAGCUUAUUUGUAAAUGUUAUAUAUACAUUAAAUGUGAGAGCGCUAAUGUCA